CUAAAAUCUCCAAAAUGUCGUCCUUGCAAACUACGUCAUCUACUGAACAGCUCCCCAUCUCCGAAGUCUCAGCCGCGAUCGCCGCGUGCUCGCAAGAGCUGAGAGCCGUCAACCAAAAGAUCCACGACAAUCCAGAGCUGUGCUACAAGGAAUUCACCGCACACGAUACCAUCGCGGCGUUUCUUGAAACGCAGGGCUACACCGUCACUCGCGGCGCCUAUGGCAUUGACACUUCCUUCGAGGCCGAGAUUGGCGUCGGUGGACGGCUGGUGAUUUUCUGCGCAGAGUAUGACGCGUUACCGGAUAUUGGCCAUGCUUGCGGCCACAACCUAAUCGCGACAUCGUCUCUGGCUGGCUUUGUUGGUUUGGCCGAGACUGUCAAAGCCCUUGGCGUCAAGGGGCGAGUUCGCAUCUUGGGUACACCAGCCGAGGAGGGCGGUGCAGGCAAGGUCAAACUCUUGGAAGCUGGGGCUUUCCGUGGCGAUGUUGCUGCAGCCAUCAUGAUGCAUCCGACCGCAGACCAUCACUUUCCUCCCGGCUUCAACGCUUUAGCCGGCGUCAAGUUCAUCGCCAGCCUCAAGCUCCGGGUCGAGUUCCAUGGACGGCCUGCACAUGCGGGAGGAGAACCGUGGAAGGGCCUGAAUGCCCUCGACGCUGCUGUGGCGGCGUAUACGAGCAUCUCAAUGCUGAGGCAGCAAUUGCAGCCCGACGAGCGCAUUCACGGGGUUAUUGAGGAUGGUGGAAGAGUGCCUAACGUUAUUCCAGAGUACUCGAGGGUGAACUACUAUAUACGCAGCCCGACUUUGCAACGGGGCGAGGCACUGCUCACCCGUGUAAAGGCUUGCUUUGAAGCUGCUGCCGCGGCCACAGGUUGCACAUUGAACUAUAUCUAGUUGAGUAUCCCGCCAUUUUCCACGAUCAUCUACUCACCUGUGUCAGCACUCCGACAUACAAGGAUCUUC